GUUUGAAAAUGAGGAGGUCUUCACUGAUUGCCCCAAUCAGCCGAAAAAUGUACUCGGUAUGAAUGGCCUGGCUGAUUUUUCUGAACUAAAUUUUGGAUUCGAUGAGGAUAUUGUGCGCUUGUCAGGCAAUACAACUUUUGUAUGGAAUAUAAAUGCCAAACAUCGUAUACAGCUCAGCUUAAGUAUAUUUAAAUUCAAUCGCGGCUCAUGGCAAUCCACUCUAUUGAAUAUGAAGGUGCCAGAUUUCUGCAAGGACAUGUAUAAUCCAGAACUCGUUUGGUACAAAUAUUGGACUAAAUAUGCACUGAAUGCUGCCGAAGUUCGCGAUCAAUGUGCGCUGCCAGGCGUAAAACUUAUAUAUGAACCAUUUAAUAUAGAUGUGGCAUUUUCAGUGUCAGGUACGCUGUUAAGUGGUCGUCAUAAGAUUGUUAUAACAAUGGAGGCAAUCGAUCCAAUGUAUAAAAAAGCUGCGCAAUCAAUUUGCUUUGAAAUGAUUGGCGCGAUUUUUGAGCAAUCAUAA